UUCAGUUCUGUUUCAGUUUCGAGUCCGUGCAGUCGUGUUUCACCGCAGUGAAAAGCGCCGUGGAAAAUUUGCAAGCAAAAAACAAAUACAAAACUGCAAAUAAUACAAAACAGUGGAAUUAGAAAUAGAGAAAAGUAAAUAAGCAAACAAGUGCAGUUUCGUUUUGGUCGAGAAGUGUGGGCGGAAAAGCGGAGAUUAAUCCCGCGGACCUAGCAUAGAUACCUACAAUUUUGGUGGUCCCAAAAAAAAAAAACAAAAAAAAAGACGGUGUGCUGAAAACGCAGAGAAAGUAUCAGCCGAAGUAACAACAAGCAUGUCGACGUUACCCUUUUUGCUGAGCGUCGCCGACGAGCUGGACAACAUACACUCACAGUCCUACAUGGACGACUUUGGCCUGGGCUUCCAUCCGCACCGCCAGUACUAUCGCACACCCACCAUCCAGUUGUCCCUGCCCGCCAGCACCGACUGGACGGGAUCGGGUCGCGAUUGGUCCUCGACGGCGGGCAACAGACACACUCGCUAUCGCAGCUAUAAGUUCUACGAUGACUCACAGAACAAUCUGGAGGAGGAGGAGCCGCCCGUCGAGGAUCCCCAGCCCAUUGAGCCGAUGAAGUUGGUGCCACAGCAGUUGGUCCAGCAGACGACCAACCAGACGAUAUCGGAUCCACAGCAGCCAACGAGUGCAACUGCCACUGCCGCCACUGCUCGCAAAGGAUUGGGCAUGGUCAACUCCCAUUCGCACGAUGUGGGUGUUGGUGGUUUGGGACUGAAUCUGAAAGCUGGCGAGGAUGAGGACGAUGAGAACAUCGAUCGCACGGUGCGCAUGUAUAAUUUGUCCAAGAAGUGCUGCAAGAACUACUAUCGCCAUGCCUUGGAGACCGGACCCGGCGCCAGUGGCAAGGUCAAGUGCAGCAAUGCGCGCUCCGAGAGCCACAAGUCCAGCUCCAGUUCGGAGGAGAGCCUCCAGAAGAUACCCUCGCCCAUUGAGUUCCUCACCUGCUUUCUGGUGAAGAAGUCACGCACACCCAAGGCCAAUGUGCCAGUGGGUCAGCCGCUGAAGAAGACAUAGAACUCGGCCCGGCUGCUGCCAGCAGCGUUGUCCACCAGGACCUCCACCAUCAGCUCCACGGCCACCAGUGGAGCCGUGACCAAUGCAACCACGGACACGGAUACGACCACGUCGAAGCGUCGCAGCAACUGCUUCUGAAUGUUGGCCGGAGUCGGUGUCGUUUGUGGCCAGGCCUGGAGUUGGCUCCAGCGUUGCGGCGAGCUUCCCAACUCGGAACCCGCCUCGCUGCCCUCCACGCGUCUGGGCAGGAUCGCCUACUAGGUCUCCACCACUCGACCGACUCCGAUUCGCAGUCAGGGGUAUAUAUAUAUUUGGUAUAUGAUUUUGCACUGGGAUAACCUCUGGCUUGAUUGAAAUUAUUUUUGGAAUUUAAGGAAAAGGAUUUUAAAGGGCUACCGUUUUUGUUUUGCACUGGAAAUCAACUUUGGUAAUAGAAACAGGGCACUUUCAUGUUUUGUAUUCAAUUUUGUAGUAAAAUUCUCUUAAAUUCCUUAUACUUAUUGUUUAUCUAUUUUAUUUUAAUUCCUUUUUGGAAAACUUAUACUUUUAAUUCAGCACUGUACUGGAUGUUUUAGGACUUUAAAAUUUCUUUUACAUUUUACUGAACUACUAAAUUAUUUUAAUAACAUCCCAUUUUCAUUUUGAAACCCUGUUCAGCAGCGAUUUCUCAUUGCAAGUACUUCGUAGCCACAAUUUUCAAGAAAUUACAGGCCAAAGCAAUUUGAAGCUUAAAGCGAAACUAAUAUUACAAAUGGAAUAUAAAUAAGGAUAAACUAUUAAACCAACACCGAAACAUUUUUGCAAACCAAACACACACAAUUUUUAAAAGCCAGAUUUAUACCAAACAAAUAAGAUUCCAGGAAUUUGUUAAGCAAACAUUUUUUAUACAAUUUUUUGAUACCAAGCAAACGAUAUAACUUAUAUAUGGAUAUUAUAUUAAUACUGGGAAUGUUUGAUUAAAUCAAAAAAAAGGAAAUUCCAGCUGAACCGAAACCUCUAAGCACUACCUAUUUGAUUUUUAACGAAAGAGUUAUAAUACUUUCAGGGAGAAUUUUAUAAACCUAUUGCCGUUUUACUAAUUAAUUUAACAAGAAACGAUUUCUUUUACAUUUUGAACGACUUUAAGGUGCUGGUUGAGCUUGAAAUUCCUCGCAAUUUUAUAAAUGCUGUUAGCUGUUUUAAGCCAAGUAAAUUGCGGGCUAAUUUAAUGGGUCUUCUGAAACACACACACACACACACACACACACACACACAGCAACAAAGAUACACCAAUAGCACUGUUUCAUUUUCACGCAGACACAGGAAAGUUUAGUUUUCUCCCAUUUUUCCCUGCCAACUGUAAACUGUUGGGAAAAAAAAAGGAAAUUUUCUGAAAAGCUGGUGGAACUUUUGCACAAUGUCGGCAAGUGUUUUGGGCUCAAAGGGGUGGAAUGGGGGUGGCAGUGGGCGCCAUAAAGAGUGAAACAUGUUUUCAAUUUCCUUUUUUCGGGGGACUGUAAACAAGUCAAUAGCAAACUACGGCUAAGGACAAACACACAGAAGACCUUGGUCCCAAUUUCAAAUUAGUAAAAAAGCAAAACAGGAAAAAUUAAAAAAAAAAAUUAAACGCAAAUAAGAUUUUGUAGCAGAAUUGUAAACGAAAAACGUUGGCGAAGCUUGCGUCUGGUUGAAAGCUGGAAUACAGAUAAAGCAGAAUAAAUAUAUAUUUAUAGUUUUGUAGUCAGAUAUUCUCUUGCGUGUUCUAAAUAUAUUCUAAAUGUUAAAAAAUCAAAUAUUUCAAAUGUAUUUACAACUAAUCAAGCAGAUCAUUUUAUAUAUAUAUAUCUAUACUGUAUGUGUAGUCACACUGUUUGCACUUUUCAGAGUUUAGAAACGAAAAAAACAUAAAAUACAAGUACGGAAAAUAUAUCUAUGUAUGUCUCAGAACUCAUAGCUUUAUCACAAUACAAAAUUUAAAGUCGAAACUCAGCAUCAUAUUUCUCAGAUAAUUGUAAUACCUAAGAGCUCCAAAUCGAAACCACAAAUAAGCCACAAACAAAAUGUUAAUAAAAAAUUACCUAGCUGUAGUUUGGAAUAACGAUUUUUGCCAGUAGCUCUUGAAACACUUUUAUCUAGAUGGAAAAACAUUUUAACAUUGGCCAACUCGGCCAGCACUCAUCUAACCAAUAUAACCAAAGUAAUUUAGACGUUCCUCAGAACACGAUCAUUUGCAUGGCAAUGGAAAACCUCUCGUAACUACAUACUUUAUCAACAAUGAAAACACUCAACGCAUAUCAUUCCAAUACAAUAGAUUUCAGCUAAAUCAUAUUCAACUUGAGAUUCAAUAAAUAAAUAUGCGAAACUAUAUAUAAAAUGAA